AAAAAAAAAACGAUGGAGAAAAAGGUAAACAAAAAUAAUAGAAAAAUAUAAAAAAGGGAUCUUGGAGGUAUUUGAAUCAAAUCGAGGUGAACGAACAAAACCACUUUUGCCUCUUCCUCUUCUUCUCUCUUCUCUUGCGGCUACGAUUCAAUCUCUUAAACCCUAGAUUCCUUCUGAGUUCUUUUUUGCUCUGAUAUUUGUGUUUGUCUCAAACUCUUAUUGUUCAAUAUCCGACAAGGAUCUAUUAUCAGUCUUCGCUGCCAACUCUGUUCUCAUGUCUACUGUUGCUCCUCCUGCUGAUCAAGCUGCUGAUGUAUUGAAGAAACUGUCUUUAGAUUCAAAGUCUAGGACUUUGGAGAUCCCUGAGCCUACUAAGAAGACGGGUGUUUACCAGUAUGGAGCUAUGGAUUCGAAUGGUCAAGUUCCUUCUUUUGAUCGAUCUUUGUCACCUAUGCUACCCAGUGAUGCCUUGGAUCCUUCUGUUUUCUAUGUUCCUAAUGUGUAUCAGCAGCCCUACUAUUAUGGUUAUGGGAGUGACUACACAGGUUAUACCAAUUCCGAGAGUGUUGAUAUGACAUCAGGAGCUUACGGAGAGAAUGCAUCUCUUGUUUAUCCGCAGGGAUACGGGUAUGCUGCCUUUCCUUACUCACCAGCAACAAGCCCUGCUCCACAACUUGGUGGUGAUGGACAGUUGUAUGGUGCUCAGCAGUACCAGUAUCCUUUUCCUCUCACAGCCAGUAGUGGGCCUUUCGCUUCGUCUGUUCCUGCCUCUACUCAGAGCAAGCUCUCUACAAACAAAGCAGCCAACUCUGCAUCUGCUGGUAUCCCUAAAGGAAUGAAUGGAUCAGCUCCUGUUAAACCAUUGAAUCAGAGUGCACUGUAUGGAAACAGUGCUCUUGGAGGUGGUCUUGCUGCUGGUUAUCAGGACCCCAGGUAUAGCUAUGAUGGGUUUUACACUCCUGUGUCAUGGCACGAUGGCUCUAACUUCUCAGAUGUGCAGAGGUCUGUUUCUGGCAGUGGAGUUGCAUCCUCAUAUUCUAAGGCUAACAACAAUGUACCUGCGACUAGGAAUCAAAACUCUAGCUCCAAUUCGCAUUACACGAGUAUGUACCAGCCUGCAUCCAUGACAGGUUAUGCAGCUCAGGGUUACUACGACAGAGUGUCUCCAAACAAGUCAUAUGGUCAGUAUGGUAGCACGGUGAGGUCUGGUAUGGGUUAUGGUUCUUCUGGAUAUGGUUCAAGAACAAAUGAAAGAGGAUGGCUCAAUACAGACAACAAAUAUAGAAGCCGGGGAAGGGGUAACAGUUACUUCUAUGGAAAUGAGAACAUUGAUGGCUUGAAUGAACUAAACAGGGGCCCUAGAGCCAAGGGCACGAAGGCCACAGAAGAGGUUAGCUCAGAGGAGGUGAAAAAGCAGACGUUUGAUGAAUCAAAUACUGAGGAGACUGUAACAUGCGUUCUUCCAGAUAGAGAAGAGUGCAACAGAGACGAUUUUCCAGUUGAGUAUAAAGAUGCUAAGUUCUUUAUCAUCAAGUCGUACAGUGAAGAUGAUGUGCAUAAGAGCAUCAAAUAUAAUGUAUGGGCUAGCACCCCAAAUGGAAACAAGAAGCUUGAUGCUGCAUAUCAAGAGGCUCAGCAGAAAUCUAGUGGCUGCCCUGUGUUUCUCUUCUUCUCGGUCAACGCGAGUGGACAAUUUAUUGGCCUUGCGGAAAUGAAAGGACCAGUUGAUUUCAACAAAAAUAUUGAGUACUGGCAACAGGAUAAAUGGACUGGCUCAUUUCCCCUCAAGUGGCAUAUUCUGAAGGAUGUUCCCAACAGUUUGCUUAAGCAUAUUACUCUAGAGUACAAUGAGAAUAAACCUGUUACUAACAGUAGAGACACACAAGAGGUUAAGUUGGAGCAGGGUUUGAAGGUUGUAAAGAUUUUCAAGGAGCAUAACAGCAAGACAUGCAUUUUGGAUGAUUUCUCGUUCUACGAGGCUCGACAAAAGACUAUUUUGGAGAAGAAAGCUAAGCAGCAACAAUCCCAGAAGCAGGCAAGAGAAGAAAACGGUUAAUUCCAUAGAUAUAAGCAGAUGCAUUUACAUUUGUCCUCUCUACUCUCUAGUAUUGAAAUGCACCCAUAUAUCUUUAACAGGUCUGGGAAGGAAAAACCAAUGAUGAGAAACCAGGAACUGUUGAUUCUACCAUGUAAAAUGCGUAUAAAGAUCCCUGCAUACGGUGGGAAGAUGAAGAAGUAGUGAAAGAUAAAAUCAGGGUUGGGUUUGUUUUCGUUUUAGCUUAGACAGAUUUUCAUUUUUCUUUGGUUUCUGGUUCGGACAUGACUCUGUUGAGUCUUUUCUUAAUUUCUUCUAGAUUUUGCUUUCAAUCUGAAAAUUUAGUAUCUUCUUUCCUUCUCCAUUUCUCCUCUGUUUCCAAGUUUUCAAAACCUAAAAGGCUGAUUGGACAAGGAUAACACAUCCAAUUAAAAUGUUAUGUUUUUGUUAAUACUCUAUAAACCUUUGUAGUUAGACCAUUAAUUUUUGUGUGAAACUCGCAUAAAAUGAGUUAGUUGCAACUUGCAAGAGAAAGAUAUCGAUUCGUGUCGGAUCCACAGUGAC